AUGCGAUACUCUACCCUGCUUCCAGCUCUGGUGGCCUUCGGCUCGACUUUUGCGAGACCGAAACAACCCGAGUUCACCAAUACCACCACCUUACCUACCCACUUCGGACUGGUCGUAUUCCCGCAUUAUCAAGCUCUCGACAUAUUUGGUCCUAUGGACCUCCUCAACACACUCUUUAUGUACUACCAAAACUCCACAAUCGUGCCAAAAUUCUCAGUCCUCAGCAAAACUAUGGACCCCGUCACGUCGGCCAUGAUGACUGGAGGCUUUGGCCAGGAGAUUGUGCCUACCACAACAUUCUCGGAUUACCUGGCGAGCCGCGAACAAAGUGCAGACAACCACAUGGCCGUUGUGAAGAGCAAGCGUCAGAGCCAUGAUGGUAUGCAUUUGCCUCCUACGACAGACAAGGGUGACAUAGAUGUUCUCAUCGUCCCUGGUGGUGGCGGCACCCGCAGGAACAUGACUGAAGAAAUCGAUUUCGUCAAGCAAACUUAUCCAAAGCUCAAAUAUAUAGUCUCCGUCUGCACCGGCGCAACAAUCCUAUCCCGCGCGGGUAUACUCGAUGGCCGCAGAGCAACGACAAACAAGGCGGCCUGGGAAUGGGCUGUGAAACAGGGUCCCAAUGUAACUUGGGUUCCCACUGCACGUUGGGUUGAAGACGGCAACAUUAUCUCGACCAGCGGUGUCUCGGCAGGCAUUGAUGGAAUGUAUGCGUUUUUAAUGGGAAAGAUCUACUCCUUGGCUGAAUCGGUGUUGGUGUGGCUAGGACCAGACGAUAAACACAGUCGAUUUCUUAUGAGACUAUGGACAGCACACUUACGUCCUCUCAUAAACACUCUCGAUGACGAGGCAAUGAGAAGCCUUUAUGCCGAUCUUUUUGAGAGCACACAUCCGUUGUGGAACAACGUGGCACAAGACGAAGUUCUCAUCCGAUUCGAACUCGGUCUCCAUGAUGAAGAUGCGGACCAGGCCUCGCCUGACCGAUACAAGAAGGCACUAUGGGUCAGCUUCAACCAUGUCUUGAAUCGACCAUGGUGGAGCUGA